AAAGUGUGACUGAGAUUUUGAGCUUAAACCCUAGCCGCUUCACAUUUCUCUUCAGUAUUCUCUGGAACUUUGAAAGCCUAAGCUUAGACUACAACCAAAAUGGCUUUCUGUAAUAAGAUCGGAAAUAUCUUGAGGCAGGGUGCUGCCCAGAGCAGCCCAGCUCCUGUUUCGUCCAUGCUUAACUACGUUCGCUUCAUGUCUCAAAGCAAGCUUUUCAUUGGAGGACUUUCAUAUGGAGUUGAUGACCAGUCUCUUAGGGAUGCAUUUGCAAGUUUUGGAGAAGUGGUUGAGGCAAGAGUUAUCACUGAUAGAGACACUGGAAGAUCAAGGGGAUUUGGAUUUGUCAAUUUCUCCAGUGAUGAACAAGCAACUUCAGCACUAUCUGCUAUGGAUGGGCAGGAUUUGAAUGGGAGAAACAUUCGUGUGUCCUAUGCAAAUGAUAGACCUUCUGCUCCUCGUGGUGGCGGUGGCUAUGGUGGUGGCUAUGGUGAUGGUUUUAACUCUCGCAGUGGUGGUGGUGGUGGCAGCGGUGGCUGGUGAUGCGAUCUUUCAAUUUUAAAUGCUUUGCUGCCAAUGUUUUGUGUUUUGUUUUGAGUUCUUGUGUUUAUGUCAAAAUUCAAUCAAGGUUACUGCCCAUGUGGUAAAUCACUCUAAUUAGUGAAAUGUUAUGACUUUUUUGUUGGGAUAUUUUGGUUGUGUUAUGUCAUGCAAUAGUUUUCAAGGUUAGGUGUGUUUUAAAUCAAAUAAAAUUGUAGAAUGACGUGGCUGAGGAAA